GCCAGCCAGUGUUCCCACCUUCAAAGGAACCUCCACCCCGCGUCAUAUAUAUUAUGAUAUCUUCAGCCUCAACACGACUGUUGGUCUAAAUUUUCAUUGAAUGUGCUAGAUAUCACAUUGGUUUUGAUCUGUCUGUUCCUUGGCAGGACUCUCUAUAGCUCUUAUGUUGAAAACCAUUUCUACUCAUUAAACCUCACAAGCACCAAUCUUCGUCUUAUUGGAUUUUAGGAAAUGUCAGCCAGAUUCAAGCUUCCUAAAGUGUCAUUGGGGUCCGGCAGAUAGUUCCAUUCAUCUUUAAGCAAGAACUUAACAUAUAAUAUAAAACAAUGGCGGCUACAAGAUUCAAUCAACCCGAACUUCGCAGACCGACGAGUUCUCCGAGGCCGAAAGGACGUGAAAAUGCAAAGGAUACACUAUGUCGAAAUGUUCUGAUAUAUGGGCAUUGUCGUUAUGAGGAUCAAGGUUGUGCCUUCAAUCAUGAUCCCAACAAGGGACUUGGAGGAAUAAUCGAUCAGCCAAAGAAAGCAUUAAACGUAGAUUCGCCUUCUUUUACACCAGCAACCAUAUCCUCGUCCAAUAAAGGAGCAUCUUCAAUAACUUCGCAAGCUGCAAAUGCGGCUCCAUUCACUCCCCGAGGACUUACGAGUGGGACUGCUACACCUAAUGCACCACUCGAUCCAGAAAUACCUCAAUUCAAUCCAACACAAAGAGACUUCACUCCACAGAACUACGAUCUCUCUCAAACUCUACCCACCAACGGUGCCACACCUGAAGCUACUUAUGAUCCUUUUUCAAUGGGAAGUGUCUCUCAAACGAUUCCAACCACUUUUCAGAACCAUUAUUCGGAAGACCUUGGCAUUUUAGCAGGACCAGGUGUGGGAACGGGAGGAGCAGGUGGAACCUACUUUCAAGGACAACCAAACUAUAGCGUCCAGCCUUUGAAUUACCACUUUUAUGCUCCGAUUGGUCCACAUACGGAUAACUUGACACCUUAUCAAAAAUCUAUCCAUGAUCUUUUCCUAUCCGACAGGCUUCGUGAAGAGCUUCAAAGAAAGUCUGAAGCUUAUCAUCAAGCAAUGCCAAAUGCCCUUCCGACUAUUGGUACAUCACCGAAUUCAUACCAUUCUCUCGUCGCUUUAGACACAACCCAGAAUAGGAGCACCGCUGUUUUUGGUUGCACAAGUUGGGUAUACAAAGCGAUGGCAGAAAAGAAUGGCAAAUUUUGCUGCUUGAGACGACUAGAAGGUUAUACUCUUGCCAAUGAUAAAGCUAUUCGAGCCAUCAAGAAAUGGAACGAAGUCAAUAGUGCGGGUGUAGUAUCAUUCAUUGAUGCUUUUACUACGCGACAAUUCAAAGAUGGCAGUUCAUUAAUAAUUGUCACAAAUUAUCAUCCACUUUCAAAAACUCUUUUAGAGGUUCACUUUUCCACCACAAAUACAAGUCGUUAUAGAAAUCAACUUCCUCGAAUAUCUGAAGACAUUCUUUGGGCAUACAUUGUACAAAUCACAGUUGCAAUCAAGGCUGUCCAUCAGGCUAAUUUUGCUGUACGAUGUAUGCAUUUGAGUAAAGUUAUUCUUACAGAAAAAAAUCGAAUUCGUCUUAAUGCAUGUCCCAUUUUCGACAUCCUACAUUACGAACAACGUCGCGAUAUCAAGGAACUUCAAUAUGAAGAUUUACAUUUAUUCGGCAUACUUAUGUUAUCCUUAGCCACAGUCAAUGCAUCAAUCACACCUCAAACUAACCCUCAAGUUUUGCAAACCAAUAUCGAUAGCCUUAGCCGAAUUUAUUCUGCAGAACUUGUCGAUACAAUAAUGUGGCUUCUCACAACGCCUUCUUCCCCGGAGACUAAAGAUUUGCAAACUUUCAUACGAGGAAUUUCCGGCCGCAUGGCCACUGCCUUCGAUAGCUCCCUCCAAGCGAAUGACGAAUUAACCUCCGACCUCGGUCGCGAGCUCGAGAAUGCUCGACUCGUUCGCUUAAUGGCUAAACUUGGCAAUAUCAAUGAAAGACCAGAAUACGAAAAUAACCCUCAAUGGAGCGAAACUGGAAAUCAAUACACGUUGAAACUUUUCAGAGAUUAUGUGUUUCAUUCGGUUGAUCCAGAAGGAAGGCCAGUCACGGAUAUGGCGUGGAUUAUAAAGUGUUUAAAUAAAUUAGAUGCGGGGAGUGAUGAGAAGAUUCAAUUGACAAGUAGAGAUGGGGAAAAUUGCUUUAUUGUUAGUUUCAAGGAGAUUAAGAAACAAGUCAAUACUGCUUGGGGAGAUUUGCAGAAGCCGGGGAAGAGGUUCUAGUGUGGUUGGUCAAGAGGAGAAAAAGGUGAUUUGAUGGAGGGUGGAUUAGUGAAGCAUUGGAAACAAAUAGUUGUCUUUACUGACCUCAUAAAUAAGGCUUAUGGGAAGUUGACAUUCAUUGGAAUUUGAUGAGGUGUAGGUAUAAUUGGGAGGAGAGAGAUGGGAUGAUAGCGAUAUAUUCAGUUAGAAAAUUACAAGUAGGAGAAACAAUCAAGGAAAUUCAUUUUAUGGCAUGUGCCUGUCUUGUGAGUCUCGAGAUUUGAGGCUCGAGGAAAUAUGGGAGGGGUAUAGAAUCAGAUGUAUAAGAGGCGUUAUGAUCAAGCGAAAACCCAAGUUGAUUAUACAAAAUCUUGUUCCUCGGGCCAGGAAGGAAUGUGUAUUGGUUGCACGCAUGAUAAGUGGUGCACUACACCAAGGGAAGAUAAAGUAGGUUUCAUGGCGUGCAUGUUCUAGUUUAAUGCGAGUAAGAAUCAGUGAGAAGGAAUCA